UCCUGCUGGUCAGGCCUUGGUAAGUGUCCGCCAAUAGCUUGAUGAUAUUCAUUCCAUCCUUCUUGACGCCCGCGCUGUCUGCUCGCUCCCUGUCACUACGCAUACCAUGUCUCUCUAAGCGCUUGCCUAGACAAAAGGCAACUCAUCUCCUCCACUUCUUCUACUCUUCUCUUCUCUCCUUCGAACGCUGGUCUUUCCAUCUCUCGUACCUUCAUAUCCUCCUCUUUGAGCUUUGUCAAGCUGGCCUCGACCAAAGCGUGCUUGCUCUAAGCCUUCUCUUCUUUCUCUCCGUCAUCAACCACCUCACUUUCGUCGUCCGUCUAUAGAAUGGCUACCAACCAAAAACAGACUGUCGUGUCUCUCGAUCGUCGAGACUCGAACGGCUCUCUCGCUCCCUCGCUCAAGUCUCCACGGACAGCACGCUUCGCCGAAGCCACCACCAUCAUCUCUCCGGUCGAGCCAUCAAGGAAGCAGAACCCAUUCCUGGACCCUCCGACAAACCAUUACAUGCCUCAACCACAGCCCUCAGAUGUUGGCUUCGGCUACAUUGGCUCCACUUCGGUGGUAGAGGUCGAGGAGACCGACAGACAGUAUCUGCCACCAGCCACUCCGAAGACUCCUCUCAAGAGUGCUCUCAAGUCUCCUGGAGCUCCACCACGCGAGUACUACAACAAUGUGCUCAGCCCUACCUUCAAGGAAGAGCAGAUCCUUGAGAAGCAGGAAGAGUUCACAGAGAAGGAACAAGCAAAAGACUUGAAAGUCAAAACCCGUGUACGCAUGGCAAAGAUGGUUCUCCGAGGUGUCAACUUCGCCUGCAGUCUUAUCGUUCUUGCCAUGCUUGCAACCGUUUUUUCAAUUUUCAAUGCCACAAGAAAUCUCCCUGCGAGAAGCAGUCUACCACCAUGGGCUGCCAAAACCCAGACCUGGCCUCAGAUCCUGCUCCUAGUCAUCGCAUGCGUGUCGCUCUUCAUGUCCGUCGUCAUUCUGACUGCGUACUUCCGUGGUGGCCACAAGCGAGCUGAGAAAGUCGCUGUUUACUAUACCACCUUCGCCGUCAUCUUCUUCAUCUUCAGUAUUGUCAUGUGGGCUGUCGGUGCUGGUGUGUUGAACCAGAGCAAGGCCAACGGUAAUGGUCAAGAUCUCUGGGGCUGGUCAUGCAAGGACAACAAGCGCCGCAAGCUCUUCGAAGAUGACGUCUCUUACGCUCUCGUCUGCCGUCUCCAGGACUGGUCGUUGGUGUGCUGCAUUAUCGAAGUAGUCGUCGAGGUCUUCUGCAUCGUCAUCUACGGCAUCGUCUUCUACCGCUACUGGAGCAAGCGCAAGCUCAGAAAGUCAAUGGCUACACGUGACCGUGCCCGCUCUGACCUUUACCUUGCUCAGUUGAAGUCGCAAUCAGCCCCCAAUACGCCAGGAUUCGGUCCAAUGUCUCCUCGAUCCGGCGGCUGGCGCCCACCACCAGGCCAUCCCCUCUAUGUCGACCCGCUCUCUGCUGCCGAGAAUGGUGAAUCUGAUGCAGUUCAAUAUCCACGCGGUGUUGCUCAACCCAGACCAUUCCAGCUACAAGCACCUCCGAUCAAGGUGCAAGGCGCCACACCCAAGCUAUCACAGGAUGGCUUCGAGCAAUCAGGAACGCCCGGCUCCAUACCAACCUCACCCACCCUCGCACAAAGACAAUACGACCACGUCCCCGCCGCACCAGGCGAACAGCAAUACGCCGCCGUACCUAUACCCGGCGCCUAUGUCAGCCCAGCAAGCCCAGGCUUUGCACCAUCGGCCACGCAUUAAUUCGACUUUGGCGAAUAGUGAACCCACGCCACGAUUUGCGUAAGCCGGUGGCGAACCGAAUUUGACAUUUAGCGACGUUUUCUGUUUUUGACGUUUCAUCCGGGUUGAUAUCUCACG